CCCGGCGCCAUAGUGACCGUAGCCCUGGAGACUGUUACUUGCCAACGGCGGCAACGCGCGGCCCCGGCGGCCGGAGCCCAGCGCAGCCCGCGGCACCCGGCGGGGACGGCAGCAGUGAGCAUGCAGAGUCCAGAGGGUGGAUCAGACUCAGCAGCUUCUGUGGCUCUUCACACGUCGGCCCCAGCCCAGGCCCCGGUGGUGCAGCCAGUGCCAGCCUCGCAGCAGAGGGUUUUGGUCCAAGCCACAGGCUCCGCUCCCAAAGGGGCGCAGAUGCAGCAAAUCUCUGUUCCCAGAGUGCAGCAGGUUCCACAGCAGGUGCAGUCUGUGCAGCACGUUUAUCCAGCCCAGGUGCAGUAUGUGGAAGGAGGAGAAGCUGUUUAUACCAAUGGAACCAUACGAGCUGCCUACUCGUACAGCAGCGAGGCGCAGAUUUACGCCCCCGCCGGCGCCGCGCCCUAUUUCGAAGCGCAGGGAGGAGGUGGAGCUCAGGUGACUACAGCGACAUCCUCUCCUACAGCCAUUCCCUCUCACAACAUGGUGGGCAUCACCAUGGACAUUGGGGGAAGUCAGAUCCUCUCCGGCUCGGGAGCCUAUCUCAUUCAUGGGGGGCUGGAGAACUCUAGACAUUCUCUGUCACACACCUCACGCUCCUCUCCAGCAACGCUUGAAAUGGCGAUUGAAAACCUACAAAAAAAUGAAGGGAUUACAUCACACAAAAGCAGUUUGCUCAACAGCCAUCUGCAGUGGCUGCUGGAUAACUACGAGACAGCAGAAGGUGUGAGCCUGCCCCGGAGCUCCCUGUACAACCAUUACCUGAGGCACUGCCAGGAGCACAAACUGGACCCCGUCAACGCCGCGUCCUUCGGCAAACUCAUCCGCUCCGUCUUCAUGGGGCUGAGGACUCGGCGCCUGGGCACCAGGGGAAAUUCCAAAUACCACUACUACGGGAUCCGCCUGAAGCCGGAGUCGCCGCUGAACCGCCUGCAGGAGGACACCCAGUACAUGGCCAUGAGGCAGCAGCCCAUCCACCAGAAGCAAAGGUACAGAGCAGCCCAGAAGAUGGAUGGGAUGGCAGAGAGUGCAUCCAACAGCAACCCCCACACCACACCCGAGCAGUCAGUGGCUGCUCAGUGCCAGCACCACCAGCAGUUCAUAGAUGUAACCCACGUCUUUCCUGAGUUCCCAGCCCCUGAUCUUGGUAAUGUCCUCUUACAAGAAGGUUUCACCUUGAACGACGUGAAAACCCUGCAGGUUCUCUACAGGAGGCACUGUGAGGCCACUUUGGAUGUUGUGAUGCACCUCCAGUUCCACUACAUCGAGAAGCUGUGGCAAUCCUUCUGGAGUCCCAAGGCACCCCCUAGUGAUGGCCCCACUGCUCUGCCUUCCAGUGAAGAGGAGCCCGAAGGGACCCUCCCAAAGGACAAACUGAUCACCCUGUGCAAGUACGAGCCCAUCCUCAAGUGGAUGAGGAGCUGUGACCACAUCCUGUACCAGGCCCUGGUGGAGAUCCUCAUCCCUGACGUGCUCAGGCCAGUGCCCAGCACGCUGACCCAGGCAAUCCGGAACUUUGCCAAGAGCUUGGAAGGGUGGCUGAUGAAUGCCAUGAGUGAAUUCCCCCCCCAGGUCGUGCAGACCAAGGUGGGGGUGGUGAGUGCCUUUGCCCAGACCCUGCGCAGGUACACGUCCCUGAACCACCUGGCGCAGGCGGCGCGCGCCGUGCUGCAGAACACGUCCCAGAUCAACCAGAUGCUCAGCGACCUCAACCGCGUGGACUUCGCCAACGUGCAGGAGCAGGCCUCGUGGGUGUGCCAGUGUGAGGAGGGCAUGGUACAGAAGCUGGAGCAGGAUUUCAAGCUGACUCUGCAGCAGCAGAGCUCUCUGGACCAGUGGGCCAGCUGGCUGGACAAUGUGGUCACUCAGGUGCUGAAGCACCACGAGGGCAGCCCCAGCUUCCCCAAGGCAGCCAGGCAGUUCCUGUUGAAGUGGUCCUUCUACAGCUCCAUGGUGAUCCGGGACCUCACCCUGCGCAGCGCCGCCAGCUUUGGCUCCUUCCACCUGAUCCGCCUGCUCUACGACGAGUACAUGUUCUACCUGGUGGAGCAUCGAGUGGCCCAGGCCACAGGGGAGACCCCAAUUGCUGUCAUGGGAGAGUUUGGUGACCUCACAUCCCUGUCCCCGACUCUGCUGGACAAAGAUGACAUCGGCGAGCUGGGCACCGAGGUGGACCCGGAGCGGGCGCUGGGGGAGCCGCUGGUGAAACGGGAGCGCAGCGAGCCCGGCCACUCCCUGCAGGACAUCUGACACCGGGGCUGGACCGAGCUGUCCGGAGCCCGGCCACUCCCUGCAGGACAUCUGACACCGGGGCUGGACCGAGCUGUCCGGAGCCCGGCCACUCCCUGCAGGACAUCUGACACCGGGGCUGGACCGAGCCGAGCGGGGCGUGCCGAGGCUGCAGCUCCCCGGACCUGCGUUAUUAUAGUGCCUCUUAGUUUCUCUUUAUGUUUACUUGUGUUUGAGGAUGGGCUGAGCCGGUUCGGCUGCCAGUGUCCCUCCAGAGUGGAGGGAGAAGCUCCAGAGUCUGCUCCCAAGGGAUGGAAGGCUCUGUGGUCAGCAGCAGGUGGGAUGUGCCCGGCUGGAGGAGCUGGCCUGGCUCUCCAGCCGGAGCGAGGCGCACGGACGAGGCUUUCUCUGGCAGGGAAGGUGCUUUGGCUUCCUUCCCCACGUCUCAGACUUCACUGUGAUACAAACUUGAACCAAUCAGUGCCCAAGAAGAAGGAAAAAUACCCGGCCCUUCUCCUGCAGCCUUUCCAGACGAGCUGUCCUGGCUCUGGCUUUGCCAAAUCUCUUGCACCAGGGAGCCCAGGGCAGUCGGUGUCCCUUGUCCCCCUGGGGAGAGGCUCCAGGCUGCACAUCCCGGCGGACACAGGCGUGCUCUGGGACUAUGGGAUGGGCAUUCCCACCUGCUUCCAUGCCUCCCCAGCUUGGCACUUCACCCCAAUGCUCCUGGGAUGCCAUCAGGCCAACUCAAGAUACCAAAGGACUCCGAGGCAGUGGCAGCUGGAGGCAGAGCGUGUCCGUGUUCCCACGUGCCAUGAUGCCUGGGGGCAAUCCCAUGGUGAUCCCAUGGCAAUCUGUGGUGAUCCCAUGGCAAUCCCAUGGCGAUCCUGUGGUGAUCCCCAUCCUCCAUGGUGCCCAGGCAGACAGGAACUGGUCCCACAUCCUGGGGUUUGUGAAAUUCCCACCCCAUGUCCUGCUCUGGAGGGUCUGGAGCAGGGACGAGGGUGUGUGACCACAGUGCCUUAGGGUGGGCCUUGUUCCCGUUUCCCCCGCUCUGAGUGGGCCAGCACGGCUCAGACUGGCCCAGCCCAGCUCAGACUGGCCCAGCACGGCUCAGACUGGCCCAGCACGGCUCAGACUGGCCCAGCCCAGCUCAGACUGGCCCAGCAUGGCUCAGACUGGCCCAGCACGGCUCAGACUGGCCCAGCACAGCUCAGACUGGCCCAGCCCAGCUCAGACUGGCCCAGCAUGGCUCAGACUGGCCCAGCACGGCUCAGACUGGCCCAGCACGGCUCAGACUGGCCCAGCACGGCUCAGACUGGCCCAGCAUGGCUCAGACUGGCCCAGCACAGCUCAGACUGGCCCAGCACAGCUCAGACUGGCCCAGCACGGCUCAGACUGGCCCAGCAGCCUGUCCCACGUAGGGAGGGGCUGGCACAGAGCCCAGAGGGGUCAGCACUCCACUGGCAUUUCCCUCUCUGGAUCCCUUUGCCUUUUCCUGUGGCGUGGCUCCCGUGGGGCUGAGCUGGGGGAGCUGUGCAGGGUUUAUCCCCCUUCCCAUGUCCUGUGGGCUCUGUGCUGACAUGGAUUGCCCUGGGAUGCUGUGGGCUACCCUGGGGUGCUGUGGGCUACCCUGGGGUGCUGUGGGCUACAGGGCAGAGUCGGGGGGGGGAUCUGUCAUCAAGCUAAACUGCAAAACAAAGCCCUGGGGCAAAUGUCUCUGUGAAUAAAGGCCGUGUCAUAAA